AAUUGGAUCAAUUUCCAACACUUUCAGUCUUAAACUUCAGAGAGUGAUCAUGAAUUUUAAUCACAUCGAGAAGGGGAGAGAAUUAAGAUUUACGAAUUGCUUGCUGUUGCUGGUUUUAUCCAUGGUGCAUUACAAGAUUUUUCAAUUUGACUUGGACGAGAUACCUAGGGUUGUUGUUGUUGUUGUUAAUGUGACAGACACAGUUCAUUACCUAGAGUCUUCAUUUAGGCCCACUAAGUUUGGUUUGGUGUAUAUACAUCAAACUUAUUAAAAAAAAGAAACAGAUCGAGGAGGACUUCGUGCUGUGAUUUGUUUAGGGUUUAGAAAAUGUCGGGGAACGCUGCGGCGAAGCCUGAAUACGCAACAGAAGACAUAGCCGUGUGGUGGGACAUGACCGACUGUCCUAUUCCAGAGGGUUAUGAUGCUCGCAGGGUCCGUCCGAGUUUAGAAGUGGCGUUCAAGAAACUAGGCUACUCUGGUCCUGUCUCCAUCACUGCCUAUGGCGACCAAACACAAACCCCUGCUCACCUCCUGCGUGGGCUCUCUUCCACUGGAGUCGAUGUUGCACAUACCAUUCUCGAUGUUACAUACACGCGCAUGUUUUCGGAUUUGCUUAAGUGGCAAGACCUUAAUCCUCCUCCGGCUACGUACAAUGAUGCUCAUAUCCGAUACUACGGACCUUGUCUUCUCAAAACCUCUUGCCUUGCUUCAACAAGUGACGAAAUACAACCUUUUUCUGGCUUAUUCAUAUAGGCCUUAUAAAAUGUCAAUCCUGGUCACCUCUGCAGAGUGGCUCUGGGACAGCUUACUGGCAGACACAGUUUCAGAGACGAGAACACACUUUCUUCAGAGGUGCAGUGAAAAAAGCGAAGAAUCUACCGCAAUGUUUUAUUGCAAAUUGUGCGAUGAUUGUGAUCGCAAAAGCCUUGAUGAUUUCAGGAAGCAUCUCUCAAGUAAAGAACAUGCACUCGAUGACUCGAAGAGGGUAGUUUUAUUGAGUCUAUUAAAUUAUCAGAGUACGAGCAACAACUAUCCCGAGAGGCAAGUUUUCUUAAUGUUAAUUAUAGAUUUUCUACAGAGAAUAAUUACUGAUGAUGUAAACCAAAGCUUAAAACUGAGGUUGAAGUCUCUCCAAGAUUUGCAAGGGAUAAAGGCAUUGAUUGGGGUUUUAACAUUAUUGGUCUAUUGUUGA